AUGGCUGACCCUCACGCCGACGCACCCACGCCUGAGCUACGCGACUGCGACAACAUGUCAUCUGUUACCGGACAUACAGCUGAUGUGGCCACCGUGGUCAAGGAGAGCAACGGCUUGCUGGAUCCAACACCCCGCGGCGAGUGUAUUGCGAUCUUCCAGCGUAACCACCAGAAGUCGCCCUUCCUUCGGCUUUCUGGUGAGAUACGCAACAUGAUCUACGGUUACGUGUUCGACGAUGUCUACGUCAAUAUCAAAAUGGACAUGAUGGGCCAGACCUGGUGUUGGGCAGAGCUUGGCGUCAUCAUCAAGGGACAUGAAGGCAAGUAUUUGGACCUUCUCAGGUCCUGUCGCACGAUAUAUGCCGAAACACGACUCAUGCCUUUCGCUGGCGGUCUUCUCUGCUAUGAUGAUCAAAAACCCAAAUACGCUGAGAUGUCUCGAUUCGUAACCAUGCUUCCUAUCCAGCGGGAUGCCAUUUCCAUGGUGGUAAUAUAUUACGACGAGCCAACCCUGAGGAAUGAGAAUGACAAGGCGUUGGCAUUCCUCGAAAAACAUGCGAAAUCUUUACCUGGGCUCAAGCGGAUCGUUGUGAAUUUGUUGGAGCCGAAUUUCACGGACGAAGGUCUGGAUACGGACAGGAUAAGAGAGGUUGGCGAAGAGGCAGUCGGUCUGGUCCGCGAGGUCGUGGGCGACUCCUUCCAGAUCCGAUACCGAUGUUUAUUCUCUUGUUUUGAGAGUGAUUUUUGA